AUGGCAAAAUUUAACGUCCAUGAUGUGGCCCUGCCGGACAUCAAGCUCACUCCAGAGCGUCAGGCUUCAUUAAUUGCCGAAGUUGAUGCGGUGGUGCAGAACACCCUCGAAUUGCGAUCAGCUUUUGCUGCAGGUGGCCAUCAACUCGACACUUCGGCGUGGAAACUUGUUCAUACAAAGGAUGAUGUACGCGCCUACCGUUCGCGUCGCGUGUUGCACGGAAGUGAUUCAUCCGAUGCGCGUAUCGAGACGUCGGACGCGCUUUCAUCGUCAUCGUCGUCAAGUUCUAAAUCGACCAUGAACAAACCCCCUGUCGUUACAUCGUCGUCUUCUUCGCAAGAAUGUGAACGUUUACGUACCAAGAAGACUUUGCGUCCACCUGCUGUGGUGCUUUCGGGAACGAUCGAUGGCACGCCCGAAGACGCCGCUUUGGGCAUCUUGGCCGACUCGGAACAGCACUGCAUGAUGCGCCAGUCGUAUCUGGGUACGGAUCUCGAGGACUCCCGUUUGCUCUUUGUUUUGGUCCGACCGACACCCGAUAGACCACUUGCAUUCGUUGGGGUUAAGUGGGGACGUCAGACGUACGGCCGCUUUAGUCAACCUCGUGACUUUGUUUUUCUCGAGUCUAUAGGUAUUACAAAGAACUCGCGUGGCGAAACAGUCAGCUACGGUGUGCGUCAGUCGAUAGAUCUGUCGGACGUGCUGACGCUUCCGCGUUCACCCGAAGUACUUCGUGGCCACAUGUCGGCGUGUCAGACUUUCACAAACAACAGCGUCCCCGUGGCUGGCUCGCGUCAUCGCACCGUCGAAAUGUUUACUCGUGCAUUCCUGCAGCUGGAUGGCGACGUACCUGUAAACGUCGCUGCUUCGGCAUUCGCUGAGAAGCUCAUGACGCUCGUCAAUACAAUGGAGUGUGCGACCUCCUACAAGCUCACAUGGAUGAUGAGGCAAUCGUCUCGCCAAGCUCGCUCAGGUACUGGCGUUCACGGGUCAAGUAGCCACUGUUCCAAUUGCACGCGCAGUCUCAAUAAGCUGACCAACCUGCUGCUUCAGCGCGGGGGGUCGUGUCAAAUCUGCCGCCGUUCGUACUGCGGCAAGUGCUCGGUGUACAAGAAGAUUUCGAUUGGCAUUGGCAACGAGGUGAUGCAGAAAUCCAUGCUCUUCUGUCUCGAGUGCCUCUUGGAGGCCAAACAAGUCUCUGCUCACGAAGUGGCUGUUGAACAGCUGAAAUGGUAG